AUGUUAAAAGAUUUUUUCUAUCCACAACUGCAACAAUUUGAAGCCUAUAAUCGUGCGACAUGGUUUCAACAAGAUGGCGCGACGUGCCAUACAUCUAAUGCCUCUUUGGCGGCCGUAAACGAGACGUUUGCUGGAAAACUGAUAUCGCGCCGAGGUGACAUUGCAUGGCCACCUAGAAGUCCGGAUCUAACGCCACCAGACUUUCUCAUAUGGGGAUACCUUAAAAAAAAGAUGGAUGUUGAAGCCUCAGGUGAGAAACUCAGGUGUCAAGAAAAAAGGAGGAAAAACAGAUCAGUAUACCGUAAAAAGACCUACAAGGAUAUAGAUCCACUCUGCUGCAACUUUAGAAAGCCCUGUUCUCACCAGGAGAAGAGCAAAUUUAAGUGCCAAUCUAUCAAUAUAGCCAAUGUAAUUGAGAACAGAAAACAACUUUACAAAUUCAAUGAAAAAGUUGACCAGGACAGAUUUCUAAUGAGAUGUACAAGCCCUCAUAAGCCUUUAAAAAUAAUAAACGAGAAGAAAUCUUCAAAUUAG